UUACCCACAAUGUGAAAAACAAACACACUCAUUUGGCAACUUCCCAUGCAGCUACUGACAAGUGUGACAGAUGAGAUGAUAUUCACCCUGACAACAGGUUCUGGUUUUGCAACGACAACCAUGGUGGAAGUGAGCACUGUUGGGGAUUUCACAACACCACUAACCACCAACAACUCCCCAUCUCAUUGCCAGGGGGAGAACCAGCAUUUUGCUCUCACCUUCUUCCUGUGUCUGGUCUUCUUCAUCGGAUUCCUCCUAAAUAUGUUCAGCUUGUGGGUGUUCUAUUGUCGUUUUCCAUGCUGGACGUCUGGAACCACCCUGCAGUUCCACCUGGCCCUGAGUGAUGCCAUCGCCACCCCGGUAACCCCCAUGAUGGCUGUGUACUUCGCCAUGGGUAAUGACUGGCCCUUCGGCCGGUUCCUCUGCCAGGUCAAGAUCGCCCUGCUGAGCUCACAUUUUUACGGCAGCACCAUAUUUCUUACUCUCAUCAGCAUACAUCGCUACAUUACUGUGGUGCACUUCAACAAAAGCUGCCACUUCAAACGGAAGGCUUUUGUUCAGAAACUCUGUGCAUGUGUUUGGUGUUUGUUGGCAAUCCAGGCUCUGGUCUAUGCAAUCCUGCUCCCUCCCAGCAAAGAGAAAGGGAGCAGUCAAUGUCUCUCCAUCCAUCAGAGAAAUCUGACCGAUUUCUACUUCAUCAUUAACUUCUUCCUGUUCAUCUUUGGAUUCCUGAUUCCUUUCUCUGUGUCUGCUGUCUGCUAUGGCCGCUUGGCAAACACAUUGACUAACCUUAACAGCAGCACAGCCAAAGGUCUGAAAGUCAAGCUGAAAUCUCAGAGGAUGAUAGGUGUGUGUCUGCUUAUAUUCGGCGUGUGCUUCCUGCCUUUGAAUAUUGUACGAACUCUCGGAGUCGUGCUGAAGAAAUUCUUUCCAGAAAAAUGCGAUGUUCUCCAGCAGAUUGAGACGGCCUACUACACCACCUGGAUCUUAGCUGGUGUCAACAGUUGUCUGGACCCGGUGCUGUACUGUUUUGGUUCUCAGAAUUUUCGAGAUGCAUUUCAGUCUUUCCAGGCUGGGAAGGUGGAUGUUCCGAACAGACCGAACAGAAGUGAAUCAGAAAUGACUGCAAAUCAGAGAGAGAUGGAUUAACUGAAAGCCAAAGCAUAGCUUGAACCAUCUGAUCAUCUUUACAACUUGAAUUAUUGUAAAGAUGGUAUUGACCUCAUGGAGACUGAAGUGA